UUCUGCAUCAAAUUACGAGCAAUCAAGGAUGCUGCACAGUCUGUCGCGGAGAAGCAAGCAGACGCUUUGCGGUUUCUGCACCUACUUUUAGCCCGUGGCUCUGUAGGCUUUGAUGAGAACGAAUGAAUUCCGUGCUAUUUGCUGGUCUCUUUGUAUUUGCCAGUGCUGUCUUGGGCGACAACAAAGGGGAGAUAGCCUGUGUAAUUUCAGUUGUUUUGGACACAGGGGAGGUUACAUUUGACACGGCAGAUAACCUGGAGUUAUUUUUCGCGUGUGGCGUUAGAAGUGCUCAGUUGAAUGCAGCCGACGUUAGCUAAAUUCACAGGGUUUUCGAUGGUAAUCGGUGUGUUGUGGUCGUACUAUUAAUCGUGACCGAGGAUGCACUGUGCGUUUCAACUCGAACUUGGCAUGAACGUGGUGCUAUCCGUAAAUGGGUCAAUUUUUGGUCAACUGCGGACUAUUACAGAGAAUGAAAAUUGUGACGCAGUUGUGUAAAACAUCUUUCAGUGCCUGGUGCAGCAGCGCUGUCCGGCUUUGCGGCAGCUACAGCAGCUGCUGCAAAACGUCUACGCAGUGCUUAUGUGCCAUAUGAUGUUAGAUUUUUUAAAAAAACAAUAUAAAAUGCAUUCAAUCAGUUGGGGUAAAUGUUGGGGGUAGAGGGGGUCUGGAAGAAGUAGUUGUUUGUCACAGCCUGGGAAUUGUAGUUUAGUAAACCAGCUAGCUCCGACGCUCCAAUGGCCUCUUCAGAGGAAAUGGACUACAACGCCCAUACGCCUAACUCUCUAGAUACUUUGUAAACUCUGUGCAAGUUGCGCGUCUGCACUGCUAUUUUAGGUAUGCAGCUAGUGCUAUCUGCUCGGCUGUGUGUGAUUUUCAGCCCGGUUUUGGCCUCCAGAAAUAAAUUAAGAUCAUCGGUGUCUGAUGACAGCUGUCGGACGGGGAUGUGUAGAUGACAUUUGGCGACGAGGUAGCAUGCACGAUCACAUAUUUUCGAGUUUGCGUGUCUUUCGAGUCACUCCCUCAAUCGGCGUGAGGUAUUUUUCCUGUCGUUCUCUGAAAGGCAGACCCUGUAGUAAAAAUCAGACGAAGGUAACGUGAGCUGUGUGGAGUCUGUGUUGGUCACCGAGAAAAACUGAAAUCAUAGCAUGUUGUUGUUGCUAAGAUGAUGUCACCUUCUUGUACCCUUGUGCUAAGCCUAUUUUCAGCUGAAUUCCCACUUGACUACACUGGCCAGCAUCCAUAAGAUCCACCACACCUUGCACAGGCUGAACCUGACGGAAGACGUUGGACAGGAUAGCCACCCCUCAGCUUGUUGCUCCAGAGCCAUGCCUCCGAGGAAAAAGAGGAGACCCUCUGCUGGAGAUGACAUGUCAGCUAAGAAAAGUCGUCAGGACAGCGUUUUCAGAAAACACGAAACAUCACAAAUCCGUGAGGAGGAGACAUUUUCGAGUAAAAGGUGCCUUGAGUGGUUCUACGAAUAUGCAGGUUGCGAUGACGUGGUGGGUCCGGAGGGCAUGGAGAAGUUCUGCGAGGACAUUGGAGUGGAGCCAGAGAAUGUGGUGAUGCUGGUUCUGGCUUGGAAGCUGGAUGCCCAGAGUAUGGGAUAUUUCACUCUCCAGGAGUGGCUCAGAGGCAUGGGCUCACUGCAGUGCGACUCCACAGAGAGGCUGAGGAACUCGCUCGACUACCUGAGAUCUGUCCUAAACGACAGCACCAGUUUUAAGCUCAUUUACAGAUAUGCCUUUGAUUUCGCUCGGGAAAAGGAUCAGAGGAGUUUGGACUUGAACACAGCCAAGUGUAUGCUGGGGCUUCUUUUGGGGAAGACGUGGCCUCUGUUUCCUGUGUUUAAUCAGUUUUUAGAGCAAUCCAAGUACAAAGUCAUCAACAAAGACCAAUGGUGCAAUGUCUUAGAGUUCAGCAGGACAAUCAACCUGGACCUCAGUAACUAUGAUGAAGAUGGCGCCUGGCCAGUUUUGUUGGACGAGUUUGUGGAAUGGUACAAGGAGAGACAGAUGUCAUAGGCGCAGAGUGAAAAGGAAAAAAAAUACAGCUGUGACAACAACGACUAUGAGAAUCAACAACCAAUAAGUAAACAAUACAAAAAUGGUAAAGCAGUGACAGUGGGUGCUUCCUGGUAGAGAAGGGGUUUGGGCUGUGGGUGGGCUAGGGUGGGGGCGCUGGGUUUGCAGCGUUGGUGCAUGCUGCCCAGAGCGCGGAGGCGGAGGGCUGCCAUUGUGGAGUUAUGUUCCCCUACCGAAGUUGCAUAGUGGGCAAGCUUGCAGCAAUCCCCCAGUGGCAUUGCUCUCUCUCACUGUGACAUGUCAUAUUGCUGUCUGUGUUAGGAUAACAUGGUAUCAUAUGUGGACGAUGGAAGUAAAAUGGUAUAGUGUGGGAGAACCACUCCUCACCCCUUGUCUUCAGCACAGAGAAACCAACAGCAGUGACCAUUCAUGCAUUGUGUCUGAGUCUUAAACAGGGUCACUUUGACCUGGGCACAUUUCAAUGUUAUAUAUCUGUGCAAUGAACUUGAACUUGAGCUUUUCUGGACAGAUGGCACUAACGUUUGUUUUUCAUAUUUUGAGUUGGAUAGGAGUUCUUCAAGAAGCACACUGUGUCAAAUGGUUGAUCGCAGGUUUCUGGUGCCUGUGUUGUUUACUGUUGAUUUGUGCCAGUUAUUUUGUUUUUGUUUGUUUGUUUUUUCCCCCCUCCACCCCCCCUGCUCUUUGCUCCAGCUAAUGCUAACAGUUUGCUAACCCCCUGCAAAGGCUUCAGACCUCAUAACACCAAACAAAUCAGCAUUGCUGCUUACUAACUCUUAUUACAGUACAGCGGUGAGCCACUAGUGCUCUGAUCAGCAUUUAUUGGUCUCACGACCAAUUUAUGUAUCUACGUUGUGUAGGUAAGAGUAUUAUUGUGCCUCAAAACAUGGAAGUCACUUUGUGUGUCCCACACACAUACCAACAAACCCAAAUGUAUAUACACGUGUGAGAACACAUACAACACAAAUGCACACACAUGCUCAUGCACACACAGACACACUGAGUGGUCAGGGAUUAUUUCAGGAUGAAUUGAGACUGUUUGGGCUGUGUUAUAAGUUGACAUAGAGCUAGUUGGUGUCCAGUUUGUCUUGAUAUGUGACAUCUGUUUUUGUCCUCUUUAGUCCACUGAUAGUUUCAGGUCUCCUCUUUCUAGUAGCAUCUCUCCCAACACUGACAGUGUUAAUAUAAUACAGUGAAAACCAGUUACCCUCUCAGGACGAGGUCCUUAAGGCUGGAGUAGAAAGGUAGGUUUGCUGAAAGCAUUGCAUUGUACCACCUGUAGGAUCUAAUCAAAUCAAUGGACACUGACAGUUCGGAACUGUGUGAUGAUGCUAUGCCGUUCUUUUCGCCUAGUAUAAUGUUCUCGUAACACUUGUAUAAAUUUUUGUCUUUGGCUGUGGUGUGAAGCUGAACAUCAGAUUUAAUAUUUGCAUGCAUGCUCCAACAGAGCCUUUUGUGAAUGGAUGAGAUUUUUUGAAAACAUUUUUUCCAAACGCGUUUUGGUUUUGUACAGGAAUUUGUGCAAGUGUUUUGUGCUUAAUUUGAUAUUCACGAUCAUGUUCGCUUAAUUCUGAUGAACAACAUGAUUGUGUCUAUUAAGACCUGGAACACACCUGUAACCUCACGGUGGAACAGGAGUUCCCUCCUGCAUUUGCCCCAUCAUACACAUCCUUAGCACAUGCUGUAAAAUUUUAGGUAGCUGCAGUCAGGAUACAGGAUCUAAUUUUAUUUAUUGGAAGAUCAUAACUUGUUUUGCAACUUUUACACCACACUGUCAUGAUACACAUACAAAUACACAUUUCAAUUUGUUGUGAAGAUAACACACAUCAGCUCAUGUAUCAUUGACAUCCACUGCUGCUGAACUGUAUGAAAGCCUCUAUUGUCAUUACAACGUGUCAACCAUCAGCAUAACAUCUAUGAUUGGAGUAGUUGUUGGAUUGCUUACCAAAUACUGUGUAGAGGUCAAUGUUUUAGUAUUCUCCCAUGACAAUGCAGGAGGAUGAACACCCUUGUCCCAACUGUAUAUAUGUAUGUAAACUAUGUAAGUGUCUAUAUGUCUGUUUUCACUAUAACCUAUGUCUAUAUACAUAAAUAAAAGGGUUUAUUAAC